AUGGAACUAAAAAUGCAACAAAGAUUAGGGAGUCUUAGUGCACUUGAAGAAUGCAAUGAACACAUUGCUAGAACCAUAAGCCAACCCAACAGACUUCCUCUAAAAUUGCUUCAGUUCCUCUUGAUUCUAUUGGGACUGGCCAUAGUUUGUUCCUUCCUCGGUUUUUACACGACCCGGUAUCUCAAGGUACCUGCCGAGAUCACCAUAAUUCAGUCAAGAAUGCAACCUUGUGCUCAAGAACCGGAAACUUUAUCGAGAUGGAUCAAGCCUCCUUUGGAUUUAUCGCAUCAGAUGAACGAUACAGAGCUCUUUUGGCGAGCUUCGUUUGUUCCGGCUGUAAAGACUUACCCUUUCAAGAGAAUUCCCAAGAUUGCUUUCAUGUUCUUGACGAGGGGGCCUCUGCCUUUGGCGCCGUUGUGGGAGAAGUUCUUCGAGGGGUACGAGAAGCUUUACUCGAUUUACGUUCACACUUCGCCUUACUAUCUGCCCGGAUUUUCACCUUCAUCGAUUUUCUACGGCCGGCAAAUUCCAAGUCAGUGGGGAAAGAUAAGCAUGGGGGAUGCCGAGAGGCGUCUCCUCGCGAAUGCCCUUCUCGACUUUUCCAACGAGUGGUUUGUUCUCGUGUCCGAGGCUUGCAUCCCAAUCCGCAACUUCAGCACCGUCUACCGAUACAUCUCCGGUACCCCACUGAGCUUCAUGGGCUCGUACGACGAGCGCAGCCCGUCGGGCCGGGGCCGCUACAACGGGAAGAUGGCCCCACUCAUCAACCUCACCAACUGGCGCAAAGGGCCCCAAUGGUUCGAGGUCGGUCGGGAAUUGGCCGUGAGGAUCAUCCAAGACACGGUCUACUACCCGAAAUUCCAGCGGUUUUGCCGGCCCAAUUGCUUCUCGGACGAGCACUACUUCCCGACCAUGCUGACGAUCGAGUCCCCCCACCAACUGGCAAACCGAAGCCUCACGUGGGUCGACUGGUUGGGGGAUGGGCCCCACCCGGCGACAUUCGAGCCGGAGGAUCUCGACGAGUGGUUUUUCAUGUUCAUCAACGAGGACCGGGAUGGCUGCCUGUACAACAACCGGUCCACGUCGAUGUGUUACAUGUUCGCCCGUAAGUUUGCGCCGAGGGCGUUGGAUUCGUUGAUGGGAAAUUCAAACGAGUGGUUCGGGUUUUGA